ACCACUUGCGCGCUGAGCGAUUCUCACACACGAUCUCUUCACGCCUUCAGACGACUACCUGUUUCUCCGCUUCGUGUAACAUGGCUUUCAAGGUGGUACUCGCCCUCGUGGUCCUCGUCGCGGCCUGCUCAGCCAUCUCCAUGCCGUACUCCUCCUACCCCGGCAUGGACCAAUCAGCGGCGGCGGCGGCUGCGGCGGCGGCUGCGUCGUCCUCCGGCUACGGGGGCUUCAACCCGUACGGCCCGGGGUACGGCUCCAGCGCCGCGGCGGCAGCUGCCGCAGCUGCAGCUUCCGGCGGGUCCGGGUACGGCUACCCCUACUACCCCCGCUACCCGUACCGUUACUAGGGAGGAUCCAGGACCGACAUCGUGCGUGGGACAAAGGAUCUAGGUCCGCGCGCGUUCCGCGCACGGAUGCGUGUUAUGUGAUGUCUUCAGAAAGUCAGAAAUAAAGAUUUAAAAAUACAACCAACUGGAAAA